CCGCCCGCCGCCGGGACUACUAAGUAACUGCAGGGGUACUGUUCUCCGCUGCGGCUCCCCGGCCGCCUUGUCCGCGGGCGGGUGGCGCAUGGGUCUCCUCCGAGGCGCGCCCCCAUGCGCUCGGGCCAUGGCACGUCUGGGCGCUGUGCGCUCCCACUACUGCGCGCUGCUGCUGGCCGCGGCGCUUGCCGUCUGUGCCUUCUACUACCUCGGCUCCGGCCGGGAGACCUUCUCCAGCGCCACCAAGAGGCUGAAGGAGGCCCGCGCCGGAGCCCCCGCCGCGCCCUCGCCGCCUGUGCCGGAGCUGCCGCAGGGCUCCGUGGCGCCGGCCCCGGGCGCUAAGGCCAAGAGCCUGGAGAGCGGCGGGGCCGGGCCGGUGGACUACCACCUGCUGAUGAUGUUCACCAAGGCGGAACACAAUGCCGCGCUGCAGGCCAAGGCCCGCGUCGCGCUCCGCUCCCUGUUGCGCCUCGCUAAGUUCGAGGCGCACGAGGUGCUUAACCUGCACUUCGUGAGCGAGGAGGCCAGCCGCGAGGUGGCCAAGGCCCUGCUAAGGGAGCUGCUACCGCCCGCCGCCGGCUUCAAGUGCAAGGUUGUCUUCCAUGAUGUCGGUGUGCUGACGGACAAGCUCUUCCCCGUCGUGGAGGCCAUGCAGAAGCACUUCAGUGCCGGCUCCGGGACCUACUACAGCGACUCUAUCUUCUUCCUCUCAGUGGCCAUGCAUCAGAUCAUGCCCAGAGAGAUCCUGCAGAUAAUUCAGCUGGACCUAGACCUAAAGUACAAGACCAACAUCCGGGAAUUGUUUGAGGAGUUCGAUAACUUCCUGCCCGGCGCCGUCAUUGGCAUAGCAAGGGAGAUGCAGCCAGUGUACAGGCACACAUUCUGGCAGUUCCGUCAUGAGAACCCCAAGACGCGGGUCGGGGGCCCUCCCCCUGAGGGGCUCCCCGGCUUCAACAGCGGGGUGAUGCUGCUCAACCUGGAGGCCAUGCGCCAGUCCCCACUGUACGGCCGCCUGCUGGAGCCGGCACAGGUGCAGCAGCUGGCCAACAAGUACCACUUCCGGGGUCACCUCGGGGACCAGGACUUCUUCACCAUGAUCGGCAUGGAGCACCCUGAGCUCUUCCACGUGCUGGACUGUACCUGGAACCGGCAGCUUUGCACCUGGUGGAGGGACCAUGGCUACAGCGACGUCUUCGAUGCCUACUUCCAGUGUGAGGGCCACGUCAAGAUCUACCACGGGAACUGCAACACCCCUAUCCCAGAGGCCUAGGCGCCUCCUCGCCCGCCAUGCCCUCAGGCUCGGGAUCUGGGGAAGGAGAGGGGUGCCUCUCGGACAGGCCCGGGGCAGUGUCUGAACACCUAGAGAGACACUGCAGGGACGUCCUUGUGAUCAGGUGCUGCAGCUCUCCCAGCACGUGUUGCUGUCCUGAAGCCAUUCCAAUGAUGACUGGACCCUUUGCCCCCACUGGUGCUUUGGACUCUUUGCCUCCAGGGGCCAGGCAUCAUGAAAGACAAACACAUAGACCUCUUCCGGUGGGCUAGGAAGCGAGCAUUUGAAAAGAAGGAAGAAAAACAAAACGGUGCCCCUUGCCUUCAGCCCCCAAAGAAUGGAAAUCCUUUUAAGAACUGGGCUUUCUUAGACCAAAUAUAAACUUAUUUUAAAUCGAUAGGCGAGACAGAACAAACAGUACUGCUGUAGCUCCCAGUGAGCUCUAAAUGCGUGAGCCAGGGUUUUAACAACCAGCCCAGAGUUUAAGCAUCCAAAGGAAUGCUAGCCUUCCACACGCACGUCCUAGGAGGCUGUGUGGUUAGUCUCACGAUGCUCGUGGCGCCUGGUGGAGAUGUAAAGAUCCCACCUCUUUGGGGAGGGCCCUCAGCAGCACCUGUGGCCCACAUAAGAAAACUGGUCUCAUUAUUUUAACCUUCACAGCAUUUACCUCCCAACUGCAUCACAGAACCUCAUUAUCCCUAUUCAUCUGAUCCAGCUCCAGGUGACCAGACUCUGCUCUGAAAUCAAAUCUGCCAUCAAAGAAGAGAUUGGCCACCCGCAAGGACAGGUGAUGGAAUUGUCUGGAUUGGGAAGACUCAUUCCAAAGAGCCCAGCAGUGCCCGAGUGUAACCGUGUAGCUUGGAAGGGGUGUCGCUCUUAGACUUACAAGCAUUCUAGUCUCUUUAUUUGGAAGACUCAUCCUUGUGACUUUAUUGCACCAGGUCAGACCCUAUACCUUACAAGAAAUUAGGCUGUCAUUACUUGAUUUCUGCUUUAAUGAGUUCUCCUGUAAGUGAGCUACAAACACGAAGCCUCUGUUGGUCCAUUUUGUAUAAUCCACCUGAGGUCCUUGGGGAAGAAGUGUUGUUGGAUUUUCAUCUUAUUUUAUUUCAAUUUCAUUUAUUUUAUUUUUUUCCACCAUGAGUGAGAAUAGCUAAUAAAUAAUCUUUG